AUGAGCCUAUAUAAGUUCGUCGGAGCCAACAUCAAUAUCCCAAAACUAAAAAACCUCGAGCAAGAUAUACGAGUUACACGCGAGACAAACAAAUCAAAAAAGCUGCCACCAAGCUUAGAAAUCAAAAUCCUGAAAGUCACAGAGCAGCAGCUGCUAGAUAUCAAAAAGGUAACCCAGAACUGCACAACUCAAAAGCAAUACGAAACUAACCAUCCAGGGAUACGGUCAGAACGUCGCUUGCGCCCAUGGACGAAAAAAGUGCUCUCUGGAUUAGAAUAUGAUCCUGGCAUUGCUUAUGAACAUUAUAUUAGUGCUAUGAACCUGAAAUGUCAGCGCUGCAAUGCACUAAAAUGGAAAGGUGAAGCGCCUGGUAUGUGCUGCAGUUCCGGCAAAGUACAGCUUACUGCGAUCCAACGUCCACCCGAGCCGUUACAUAGUCUACUCAUGGGAGAUCAUUCCGACCACACUCAUUUUAUUGAUAGAGUACGUCAAUAUAACGGCUGUUUUCAAAUGACGUCCUUCGGAGCUAAACAAAUUGUUGAAGACGGGUUCAUGCCGACUUUUAAAGUGCAAGGACAAGUUUAUCACCUGCACGGAAGCCUCCUGCCCGAGUCAGAGCGUAAUGCUCAAUUUUUGCAAAUUCAUUUUGUCAGCGAAGACGAGAAAGAAGCGAGUAUUAGGUGUUCCAACUACCCCGGUGUUAAACUUGAGCUUGUGCAUCUGCUUCAGAAAAUGCUUCAUAAUAAUAACAGGUACAUCAAGGACUUCAAUACAACCAUAGACAAAAUUCGUCCAAAUGUCGAAAGCUUUCAAGUUGUAAUCCAUGCCGAUAGAAUGCCAGCUGACGGUCACCGUCGUCUCUAUAACGCUCCGACAGCAAGCGAAGUUGGUCUGGCUGCUACAGGAAACUCAAAGAGGCGAAGACGGAUAUCCCAAGAGGAUACUUCCGAUGACGGAGGUUUCACUGUUGAUAUAAAAAGCAUGAACUUGGACAAUAGAUGGGUGGUUCCUUAUAAUCCUGUAUUAUUACGCACUUUCAAUGCACAUAUCAACGUUGAAAUAACCAGUUCUGUAAAGUCUAUUAAAUAUAUUUGUAAGUAUAUCACCAAGAGCGACGAUCAGGCGGCCUUCGCGUUGGAAAACAAAGAACAGAUAGAUGAAAUAGAGAUGUAUGAAAACGGUCGAUACCUUAGCAGUUCUGAAGCUGUAUGGAGAAUUCUCUGUUUUUCAGUUCACGAACGAUAUCCAACUGUCACACAUCUUGACGUUCAUCUUGAGAAUGGACAACGAGUAUACUUUACUGAAAAUAAUAUUGCAGAUAAACUGACUAUACCACCUACUACAACGCUUUUGGCAUUUUUCGAAUUAUGCCAGGUGGAUAACUUUGCAAAAACGCUCUUAUACGCUGAAGUUCCUUCAUACUACGUAUGGCAGAAUAAAAGAUUUAUUCGGCGGAAGCGUGGAGAGGAUGUAGAAGGUUGGCCUGGAGUGAAGAAAGAUUCAGCAUUAGGAAGAGUAUAUACUAUCCAUCCAAAUAACAUCGAAUGUUUCUAUCUUCGGCUUCUACUACAUCAUAUGCGAGGACCAACAUCUUAUUCAUAUCUGAAAACAGUGGAUAAUAUAUUGCACCAUACUUUUCAAAGUGCAUGCAAAGCUCUUGGACUGCUUGAAGAUGAUAAGCAAUGGGAUUCAACUCUAGGCGAGGCGGCUAUGAGUCGGUCUCUUUUCAAAUUACGGGAGCUUUUUUCAAUUAUGUUAAUCUUUUGUCAUCUAGCUGAUGCAAUCGGCCUCUGGGAAAAAUAUAAAGAUAGUUUGGCUGAAGAUCUCAAAUAUCAGAUGAGUAGACAUUUGGAUUUUGAAAAUACUGUGCUUUCCCUUGGUGGUAAAAACUUACAAGAAUAUGGUUUGCCACAGCCAAAUAGAUCUGAGGACGUUGUACAAAAUCGUGAGUACAUGGCAGAGACUAAUUACAACCUAGAUAAGCUGCGAGAAACUGUUUCUGUCGGCGAAGCUUCAUUAACGGACGAGCAACGUAUGGUCUGCCAAGAGGUCGUUAACAGCGUACGAUCGAGUUCUGGAAAAAUGUUUUUUCUAGAUGCUCCAGGUAGAACCGGCAAAACUUUUCUCAUCAACUGUCUUUUGGCAAAAACCUCUAUGUGUUACAUCUCGAAACAAAGUAAUAUGGCUAAAGUUCUACAAGAAUGCAAGCUAAUUAUUUGGGAUGAGAGUCCAAUGUCGCAUAAAAGUGGUUUUGAAGCUCUCAAUAACUCACUUAAGGACCUUCAAAAUUCAAGCGAUUUUAUGGGAGGAGUAACGGCGCUUUUGGCUGGUGAUUUUCGUCAAACUUUGCCUGUUGUAUCCAGAGGAAUGCGAGCAAAUGAGGUCAAAGCAUAUAUCAAAGCAUCUUAUCUUUGGCCUGAAACAACUAAACUCUCCCUUACUAAAAACAUGCGAGUACACCUAAAAGGCUGUUGA